GAAAAAAAAACUCAGCUAAAACCCUAAACCUUUGCGCCGCGUUAUCACUCUCAACAUUCUCUCCUCCUUCUCCUUCUCAGACCAAACCUUUCUGAAGCACCCUCUCGUUUUCUUUCGGCUCUAGACGUUCGCUCAAAUGGGUAAGCUUGGGAAGAAAGCUAGAAAAUUCGCCAAGAAGAAUCUUCAGUCUGUUGAGAAGAAGAACAGGAAGCAAAAGCCCUUCCUCAAACGCAAAUUCGCUAAAAGAGAUGGGCGUCGAGAUGCAGAAGAUGAAGAAGAAGAGGAGAAGAUGAUAGAGCAGCCACUUAAGAAGAGAUGUAUUGAAGAAAGUCCUAAGGACAUAGUCAUAGAUGCGGUGUUCGACAAAGAUGAAGGUGUGGUGGUUCUUGACGGUGGUGACUCAGAUAGUGAUGGUUAUCUAGCUGAGGACUCUGCAGUUGUGAAUGGAACACAAGGUAAAAUCAGCGAAACUGAGCUUAAAAAACAGUCGAGGAAGCUUGCUAGAUUGAAUAAAAAAAAGCUGGUAGAUGAAACUGAUUCAGAUACAACGAAGCGUAAAGUACUCUCAGGAUCUGCUUUAAGCUCUUUCUCUAACCUAGUUGAUGAGGAACAGUCUGUUCAAGCACUAACCAGUUUGCUAAACUGGUACCGAGCUGCAUGUCAUUACGGACACGAGCCAUCAGGAAUCACAAGCCCUGAUAUAUGCUAUGACAUAGAAGACAGCGAGACGUUCGCCAAUGUCAUGAUCUUCGUGCUCCAGAAAGCUGAUCACACUUUCAGGAGUGUUCUGGGGUUAUCAGGCUCUGCUAACAAGGAGAAGGUUCUGAAGUUGAAUAACAACAACCCAAAAUGGGAUAGCGUGAAGCCACUCAUCAAAUCUUUCUUUAGAAGUACCAUCCAUCUUGUCAAGCAGGCUGCAGAUUUGGAGAUUACAGUCUUUGCCCUUGCCCAGCUUAGAGUUUAUGUUGUCUUCUUCGCCGCGUUUCCAGACUUGCUGAACAAACUGAUCAAGCUUUCUGUUGAUCUGUGGGUAACCGGUCAAGAGACUCUGUCCCACCAAGCUUUUCUAAUCUUGAAAGACAUCAGUAUGGUGUUCAACUCGGAGUGCUUCGACGCCUGCUUCGUCAACAUGUACAAAGCCUUUCUACAUGACUGCGAUAUUCCAAAGGCAAAUUCAGAAAAACGUCUGCCUCUCCUCAGAGAUUCUCUUGUUGAGCUCUGCUCUCAAGAUAUGCAGAAGUCUUAUACUAAAGCCUCUGUUUCCAUCACACAACUUGCCAAGUUACUGAAGAUGGCUCUCGCUACAAAGAACAAGGAAGCUGUUGAGAAGAUACAUAACGAGCACUACACAAGUUGUCUUGAUCUGUGGGUGAGUUUUAUAGCCGCCAACAUUCAGGGUAAUGAUCUCCAGUCUCUGCUUUAUACUGUAAUCCAAGUUAUAAAUGGAGUUGCUACACUGUUUAUUGGACCACGGUACCUGCUCCUAAGGGUUAAAUGUAUUCAAUGGCUCAAUCAUCUCUCUCGUGCAAGCGGUAUAUUCAUUCCCAUAGCUUCACUGGUGUUGGAUAUGUUGGAAUAUAAAACCACAAAUGACGGUGAAAAGCAAAAAAAGAAGCUUGAAGCUGUCUCAACUGUAAAGCUGCCUAAGAAUUGGUUAAAGUCCCAAAACUUCCAAGAACAGUGUAUCUUCUCUGUGAUUGAGCUUCUUGCUAACCACUUUGCUCAGUGGAGCUUCCACAUAUCGUUUCCGGAGCUUGCUACUAUCUCCAUUAUGAGGCUGAAGAAGUUUAACGAGAGAAGUACCAUGGAAGGGUUGAAGCGUGUGGUGAAACGCUUUAUCGAGCAGGUGGAGUUGAAUAUUGAGUUUGUGCAAAUGAAGAGAGAUGAAGCGGCUUUUUCUCCAAACGAUCAACAAGCGAUAGAAACGUUUCUUCAGCUUGAGAAGAGAAGCAAGACUGCUCCGUAUACACAAUACUACCAAAACAUUGUAGACAAAGGUCUUGGAACAAAAGUGAAGAAGUGAGGUUAAGUGUGGGAAUAAUUUUAAUACAGUUUGUGGGUUUUGCAACUCGAAUUGUAAGGGCAGAGAACAUUUUUGUUGUCAUUUAGAUUUUGGAUUUUUAUGAACUGUUUUCAGAAACUUACAAAACAUUUAUGCAAUGAGUUUAAUCAGGUGAAAGUUAUAUGUUCUUGGAU